ACCCUGUCUGUAUCAUAUCCGAUCUACUAUUUGUUGUCAGUUUGCCUGAGGUUCACAGGAGGUUCAGCAUUUGUUAAUAUUUUUCUAUAUUCUUCAUUUUUUAAAGAUUAAAUCCACAGCGUUGAUGUAUGAAGAGGAUGGAACAGUUUCUUAUUGUUGUGUUAUUAGCAGGAGGAACCCGUGCUUUCUUUCCAGUUGAUGAGACUACAUGUGAUCUCAAUGCAAACAGAUGCCCAUGCUCUCCUCAUCUUAAAGGAACGGUGUAUAUCCAGUGUGAUGUGAUGGCUAAUGCUAGUGGCCAUGAAGUGAAGUGUUUGAAAGUGCUUCCCAAGGUGAACAUAACUGUGUUCAGUCUAAAGAAAGAAAACAUAACGAUAGACAAGGAAUUUAACAACAGACUACAGUUUCUAAUCAAGAAUGGGACAUUCAAGAUCACAAACUUGAGGAGGAAUGAUUCAGGUCAAUACAGCAUUGACGUCUUUAAUUCAAAUGGAGUCCAAGAGAAAAACAUUCUUUUCACCCUGGAUGUUAAAGACAAUGGCAAAGUUGAAGGUUUGGAAACUUGCUGUGACAUUAAACACCAUGGAGCUCAGUGUUAUGGAUCUUUAGGUGGAAAUGUGGACAUCCAGCUGAUGGACAUUAUAUCAAAGACAUCAAAAUACCAAUUGAUGAAAAAUUCAUUGAAAAUACUAAAUGUCAGAAAUAAUAAAGUUCUUCCUAAUGCUGAAGGACAAAGAUUUGUCUUUUUUCCCAGUAAUGGAACAUUUAGGAUCCCUAACAUGAGCAGGAAUGACAGUGGUAAUUAUACCCUUCAAACCUUUGAUUCAGAAGGAAGAGCAUCAGGCGAGUGGACUUUACAGUUGUUCAUUCAAGCUCCUGUGUCCUCUGUCCUGCUGGUCUCUCAGUGUCUGUCCCAGAGAGAGAUGAGAGUUUCCUGCUCCUCUGAGGGAGGGGACAGUCCUCAGUACAGCUGGACUCUGGAUGGACGCACACUGACAGAUGCUGAGCUCCUUCCUGGAAACAAUGAAACUAACAUUAUUACCCUGAAACAGCACGUCUCAGGACAUCUGGUCUGCUCAGUGAGGAACAACGUCAGUAAUGUGUUCAAAGAGGAGAGGAUAUCUACCUGCAAAGCAGGUAUUUUGCAAGUGAUCGGUGGUGUUCUCUUAGCACUGGUCAUUUUAUUAGUUGUGGGUAUAGCAAUCAUCUUUAAUCAGAGGAAAAAACAAAACUACAAACCUACAAAAGAAAAAGACGAAGAGGAUGACCAAGUGGAGCUAAGAGCAGCAGUGAAGUUGGAGGCCGAGGUUGAGCUGGAGUUCGCGGUCGAGAUUGAGAGCGAGGAUGAAGAUGAGGGUGAGGGUGUGGGUGAGGCAGAGGCAGAGGCAGAGAAAAAGGUGGAAGUGGAGUAUGCCCAGGUCAAGUUUCCAAAGCAACCUCGACACACUCAACCAACAGGAAAUAAUUAUUUAUAUGCAACGGUCCGUAAAAUGAGGUGAUUUAAAUGGUCGGUGUCUUUACACAGACUGCACUACUGAAGGUCCACAUGAGGAGGUGACAUCAAGACACCUAAAGACACUUUUAAUUAUCAGGCAAAUGCACAAAGCUCAGCUGAUUAAAACAGAGCAUCAAUGCAUCCAGUUUUAGGUUCCUUCCAUGUUUAAUUACAAGCAGUAUGUGCGUUCUCUGCAUUUGCAUUCUGUUGAAGCUCUGAUAGAAUAAAGGUCAUGAUUGUAGUGGAGAAGUCUGUCUUUUAAUUUCAACUUGACUACUUUUUGAUCUUGUAAAUGUGGAAUUCAAUCAUCCUUCAAAUGAAAAUAAUUAAAGUAAAAAGUGUGGUGAACAUUUCUAUGAAUUUCUGUGCAGCAAAAACUUGAAACAGUGAUAAACCAUCAAUGUAAAUAAGGCCCAGCAAAGGCUUUCUUUCUCAGGAGACAAACAGGCUGGGCUCCCCUUUAGACUGCUGGCAAACUUCUAUAGAAACGCAACAGAAAGCAUCAUCUGUCAUAGUAUGACAGGUUGGCAUGGCAGCUGCACGGCACAGGACAGAAAUGACAUGGCCAAGGUAGUGAGUACAGCACAGGGCACUGUGGGAAAUCUUCUCCCAGAUCUGGACUCUGUGUAUGCUUGCUGUGUCCAGAAGAAGGCCAGCUGCUUUGGUGCAGAUCCCACGCACUUGAGUAAAUGACUGUUUGUCCUUCUGCCUUCUUGAAGAAGGUUUAGGACCAUUUAAGCAAGAAGCAUUAGACUGAAGCACACUUUUCCCCCUAGAACAAUGAACUCUAUCACCCCCGUGCAUACACACACACACACACACACACACACACACACACACUGGACAACUGCACUUUGGAACAUGUAACUACAAUGCUACCGUAUUUUCCUGUUCUGUAUAUUUAUAUAUUAAGUAUCUUUCUGUGCUUUGUAUACUAGUUGGUGUUAAGCUGACCACACACAAUUUCGUUAUGUGACUGCAUAAUGACAAUAAAGUAUCUUUGACUCAUUUAAAUCUUUGAAUCAGCCAUUCAAAACAAUGGACAAUGCACAACAGAGGUGUAGGAGAAAGUUCAGGCAGGGUGGAGAGGGUGAAGACGAGUGUCAGGGUGAUUUCUGACAGAAAGAUAGGAGUUAGAAUGAAAGGGACAGUUUGCAAGAUGGUAGUAAGACCUCCUGUGAUGGAUGGAGUGCUGAUUUGGAGACAGAAACAAGAGACAAAGCUGGAGGUGGCAGAGUUGACAAUAUCAAGAUUUACAGUUGAGUGACCAGCAUGCACAAGAUUAGAAGUAAUUAUAUCAGCGGGGCAAGAAAAGUAGAUUUAGAAUGUAAAAAAGUAAACUGUAAAUUUGUUUUAAGAAUAAAGUGCUAACAAAAAUGU